UGGCGGAGCAGAGGAUCGCAGUGUUCGGCUGUGCUCCGAGGUUGGCGGCGGCGGCGGCGACGCGCACAAAAGCGGAUUGUGGCUUCACUGGUGCUCGCGGCGGGCGGCGGCGGGGCGCGGGCGGCGGGGCGUGCCGGGGGCCCCCGCGGGCGCGGCGCGGGCGAUGAGCCGGGGCCCGGCAUGGCCUCCGCACGGCCGCCGGGCCGGGCCUGUGCCUCGGCGCCCGCGCCCGCGGGGCUCCGGGCUGGGCCGUCCGCGCAACCGGCCGCCUCCCGGGAGCCCGCGGACGGCGCCGAGGCGGAGGAGCGCUCGUUGCAGCACAUGCUGCGAGCCAUAGCCGAGGAGCGCGGUCGCCUUAGCCUGCGCCGCGAGGUCUGCGGCCUGGGGUGCUUCAAGGAUGACCGCAUCGUCUUCUGGACCUGGAUGUUUUCCACCUACUUCAUGGAGAAACUGGCCCCCAGGCAGGACGACAUGCUCUUCUAUGUGCGCAGGAAGCGAGCCUACCCGGGCAAUGAGAGCAGCGUCGACGGGAGGAAGGCUGAGGCUGAGCCUGAAGUGGAGGUGGAAGUGUACCGGAGGGACUCCAAGAAGCUUCCGGGCCUGGGAGAUCCUGACAUCGACUGGGAAGAGAGCGUUUGCCUGAACCUCAUCCUGCAGAAGCUGGACUACAUGGUCACCUGUGCUGUGUGCACGCGUGCCGAUGGGGGUGACAUCCACAUCCAUAGGAAGAAAUCCCAGCAAGUGUUUGCCUCCCCCAGCAAACACCCCAUGGACAGCAAAGGGGAGGAAUCCAAGAUGAGCUACCCCAACAUCUUCUUCAUGAUUGACAGCUUCGAGGAGGUAUUCAGUGACAUGACUGUGGGGGAAGGAGAGAUGGUCUGUGUCGAGCUGGUGGCCAGCGACAAAACCAACACGUUCCAGGGUGUCAUCUUUCAGGGCUCCAUCCGCUACGAGGCGCUCAAGAAGGUGUAUGACAACCGCGUGAGUGUGGCCGCUCGCAUGGCCCAGAAGAUGUCAUUUGGCUUCUACAAGUACAACAAUAUGGAGUUCGUGCGCAUGAAGGGGCCCCAGGGCAAGGGACAUGCAGAGAUGGCAGUCAGCCGCGUGUCCACUGGCGACACCUCCCCCUGUGGGACCGAAGAAGACUCAAGCCCAGCUUCGCCCAUGCACGAGCGGGUGACCUCCUUUAGCACCCCGCCCACCCCGGAGCGGAACAACCGGCCGGCCUUCUUCUCCCCGUCCCUCAAGAGGAAGGUGCCUCGGAACCGCAUCGCAGAGAUGAAGAAGUCGCACUCGGCCAACGACAGCGAGGAGUUCUUCCGAGAGGACGAUGGUGGAGCCGACCUGCACAAUGCUACCAACCUGCGGUCUCGAUCCCUGUCCGGCACAGGACGGUCCCUGGUCGGGUCCUGGCUGAAGCUGAAUAGAGCUGAUGGAAACUUCCUUCUCUAUGCACACUUGACCUAUGUCACCUUGCCACUGCAUCGGAUCUUAACAGACAUCCUGGAAGUACGGCAGAAACCCAUCCUGAUGACCUAGUGUGCGUGGGGCCUGCACGGAGACCUGGCCCUGCCUGGCCCUGGGAAUGCUGCCAAGUGCCUACCUGUCACCGCCACCGGGGUCUUCUGUGACAAGCCAGCACCGGAGCUACAGCCAGGCAGGGCCGCUCGACUCCCGGGGCCAGGGCCGACUCCAUGAACACCAGCCCAAACUGAAGUGCCUCGUCCUCCUCCCUUGCUGGCUCUGCUCCCACCCUGUGCCCGCGCUUGGCCCCCUUGGCCCAUCUCUGGAGAGCCUUCUGCUCCCAAAGAGGGCCAGAGACACCAAGAGGUCAUAGAGAGCGUGAAGGGCUGCCAGCUUCCAGAAUGUUCUUAGACCUCCUGACCUCGGCUCCCGUUCCCCUGCUGGGGCUCUGUGCCAGGCCGCUGUCCACACAUCCUACACAAAGCCAGUUGGAGGUUCUGUAAUGCAGUACUGACGAACUUCAGUCCCAACUUGUUCCCCAGAGUUACUACUUAUCGCAAUGGGUCCCAGCUGGGAGUCAGAGAGCAUGAGCUGUUUGCCGGCUGGGAAUACCUCGCCCCGUGCCCAGCUCCGGGAUGGGUCUUAGCCUCCAGCUGGGCAGACAGGCCCCCAUCCCCAAGAAUGGCCUUUGCUUCCAUCCAAAGAACACCGCCAACACCCACACCUCCGACCCCGAGACGACCUGCGCGUCAGUCUCGGCUGGAGGGAGGCAGGAUUCGGUUCUGAAGGAAGGUGGGAGGGUAUUUCUGCUGAGGGGUGUCUGAGGGGGACCAGGGUGGAAUCCUCCCGGGAAAGUUGUAGGCAGAACCACCCUGGGGCUGGAGCUCAGAGCGAGGGUGGUGCUGUCGCCUCUGUCCUGUGCAUUGGUCAGCAAGCUGAUCUGGUCUUCAGCCUGGCUUCUUAGGCAGAGAGGACCAGAGUGGGCUGCCCAUGAGCCCGCGCUGUUCUCGGUGGGUGCAAGGGGCUAUGUGGGUCACCAGCCCAAGCCUCACCCUGGCAAUGUGCUCUAGCUACGGCUUCCUCCACCCACCUGGAAUAAACUGGAAGCUGGGCCUCCUGUUGCUGCUGGGUUUAGUGCCCCAGAUUCUGGAGAACUCAGCAGUAUAUGUAGGGCUCAGGCCCUCUGGGCUGGAGAGCAGGCUCAGGGGCAUGGCUUCUGUCUGGCUCCAUUCCUUGGUCUCUGGGAGUGGGGACUACUUUGGGGCUUUCUCUAGACUUUGUAUGUUGUUAUUAAAAAGCGAGCUAUUGCAUUUCAUUCUGCCUCAGUUUGCCCACCUGUAAAAUGGGGCUGAUACCACCUACCUCACUGAAGUCUCCAGGGUUCAAGUGCAUGGCUGGGUCAGGGUUUGCUCACCUGUCGUUCUGCAUAGCUCGGGUUGAGUCUUAGGAGUGGGUGUUAGGUGGCGAGGAAGCUCGCUCUCCUACCUUCUCUGAAAUAACUCCUUCCAAAGGAACAAAUAGUGCGUAAGCUUAGACACUGGUAUUCUGCUGGAGCCCGGGCCUCUGUUCUAAUCUAGGAUGUGACCCUGUAGUCUAGGAUAGCCAUUUCUUUUGCAGGGUGUGAAUGCUGUCCCCACAGUUGUUUCUAGGGAGGUCACAGAACCUGCCACUUCAGGAUCUGGCCAUUCUGGGGUCUGAACACUCUGGACUUGAUUAUCUUGGAGGGGAAAUAGAGCUGAGUGUGUCUUCUGUGGAUGACUGAGGCAGGCUAGACCCAUAGCAAUUCCAUGGCUUCUCUUUUCUGGGGAUCCUUCCCCCAGAGCUCAGCCAUGCUGUCUUUGCUGGGCAAGGCUGGUUCUGCUAAGCUGCGGUAACUGAGUACGAGCACUUCCCAAGCUGUAGGUACAGUCUGUACCUUGGAACUUGGCUCUGUGUAUGUAGGGCUUCUGUGGCACACAGAACAGAUUGAUGGCUGCGAGCGCAAUUUCCAAUUCUUAGGUACCAUCAUUCUCUUUGUCGAGGAGGAAAGCACCCCAUAGAGACUGAGUGACCUCAAAAUUGAACCAUGAGGAAGAGUGGCAGGAGGCAAGCUUGAUCUGAGCCCUAGUCUAUGGUCUGAACCACACGCUGUCCCCUAGUAUACAGAUAUUUGGUCAUAUUCCCCUUUCUCCAAAGGGCACUUUGGAGUUCCAAACAUGUUCUGAUGCCCUUGGGCACUGGGCUAGAAUUGUGAUGUUUACCUUUUCAAGUAGCUGAUAUCAGACACGGUGGCACAUGUGUGCAGUCUCAGCCCUGAGGACAGAGUUCCUGGUCAGCCUAGGCUACGUAGUGAGACCCUGUCUCAAAGUGACAAGUGACAAAAGCGCCCAGAAUCCUCCUGGGGUUGACUGGCUUCUGAGGCCAUCUUUAAUGUUUCUGGUAGCAUGCCUGCCCGCAUACAACACAGGGUGACAAAUAGCACCUGGAAUUCAAGUCCAGUUGUGUUUUGAGGAAACCUAGGUGUCAGUCUUUAGGACACUGAGAGGAAAGUGUUGUUUGCUUUGUGUCCAGGAUGUAGGAGGCAUCCCUGUUUCUUCAGGUAGUGUCCGAAUUGCCUCCUGGGAUCUUGCUGGAAUCCUGGCUACCCACAUUGGCAGCCCAAGCUAUCCACACCACCAAAGAUUUGUUAUUUAAAACAUAGGCAAAAAAGAAAUAAUAAUUAAUAAUAAUAAGCCAGGUGUGGUGGCACAUGCUUUUUAUCCCAGCACUUGGGAGGCAGAAGCAGGUGGGUCUCUGUGAGUUUGAGGCCAGCCUAGUCUGCAGAAUGAGCUCCAGAACAGCUAGGGGCUACAUAAUGAGACCCUGUCUCAAAAAAAAAAAAUAAAAGCAUUUUCAUUAAAAGAAAUCCCAGGCCCUGUGUAGCUGGUCUAGUCAAUAAAUAUAUUUAUUUUUGACAUUGUCACUAAGUGGUUUUAAGUUUUUGGCCCAAACUUUGGAUGUAUAUUUAGUGUUGCUGAUUUAGGUCCUGUCCAUUUUUCAGGUUGGCUGUCAUCUCUCACUUCAAAAUCCAUUGACAUCACAAUGGCUUCUCUCUGUUCAGGCUCAUUCACCUCUGUAGGUCUGUCCCUGUGGACAUAGUCACCCUGAAGAAUAAAUAUAACACCUGAAAGGACUGAGGGCUCUGAGGGAUGCAAAUGUGCAGGUGCCAUGGGCUCACAUGCUUCACAGAGGUCGCUGACCCUCGAAUGGCAGGUGAUGCAUCAUCUGGAUGGGCCUGGGGCCCGCAGGCCAGGUGAAAAGACAUAACUAACCUUUUGGGGCAUCAGCAAUGGCCCUUCCAGGGAGGUAGCCAGAGUGCUGCCUGUCCUUCUGAGAGUGGCGGUACCGGUAGGCCUUCACUGAUUAGAGACUGACAUGAACCUCCAGGCCUUUCUCUGAGCCUGAGACAAGUGGCCACGGGCCACCGUCGGAACUCCUCACACAUUAUGUGACUUGACAGCUUGUGGCUGGGGUGGGGAUCUGAGUUCCGCAGCAGGUAGAUCCCCACAAGUGCAGGAAGCCAUGGUGUGCUGACAGUUUGUGUUAAGUUUUCCAUUGCCAAGGUAACUUUGGGCCAUGAGCUGUCAAUAGGGGUUUUUUUGGUCCGUUUGUUUUUGAGACAAGGGUCUGUUGUAGCCUAGGUUUCCGUCAAACUUACUAUGUAACAGAUGACUAAUGAGCCUGCCUCCACUUCCAUGUGCUGGGAUUACAGGCUUCCACCAACCGUGCCCAGUUUUAUGCUGUGCUGGGGAUGGGGUGGGGGGUGGAACCCAGGGCUUUGUGCUCUUAUUUGGGUUGUAUCCCUCAGCUCUUUCUUAACUUCUUUUGCCUCAGCCCCUUACUUUGUAGAUCCAAAUAGCAAACUUCUUCCAAAAUUAGUGUAUGAGAAUUACACCUACAAAAAAAAAAAUAUAUAUAUAUAUAUAUUUAUAAAUAUAUAUAUAAAUAUAUAUAUAUUUUGAGUGGCUACUUCAAAACUUGUGAUUUCUACAAAAAAACAUUUCAACGAAGAACAAAGACAUGGUAGCACACAUACAUUCAGUGUUGGUAUGGUGAAUUGUGAUUGGCUUUCCCAUGAACACCCACAUCCAACAGAAAGCCACUCAAGGCAGGCUUUGUGGUGGCUAGUGACUUUGCUUUAUGGUUUCAUGUUUGAGACAUUGCUUUGCAUUUUACAGACAUUUAAAAUGAGUUUUCUUCGAAGUGCCCCAGAUCUGUACCUGUUUCUUUUAAUGAUAUAUGUUUCAGGAUAGGAAUGAACUUGACUUUGUUGCAAGUUUUGCCACAAGAUACCAUUCUGAAAUGGUACCCGAUGAUAGCAGCCAUCCAAUGGGAGGGCUGUCCUGCUGGCUGCUGGCCUGUGGAGACCCUAGGAGGGGGCUAGUGACCAUCCUGGCCAGAGGUGUGGGCGUUUCCAAAGCUGAUCACAUGAUGCCUUUUGGGCUGGUUCUGUCCUCCCAUGAAAAUACACCCUGGCAGUGUUUUAGACUGAAAUCUCCCAAAAGCUUUUCUGAGAGAAUCCCCUAAAAACCUUCACAGUCGUGGGAAGAUGGCUGGAAUCAAAGUUGGGCACUAAGUGGGAGUGAGGAAAGAUCCCAGCAGGCAUCUGACCUUCCCUGUCGCACAGCACCUCUGUGACUGAGCACCUCUGGGCUGCUGAGUGGGCUCAGGGGUUCUGGCUGGCCUGGCUUUUUCAGGGCCUGCAACCAUCACAGGUUGAACACAUCACAGCCACCUUUCAUGCGUAGGGUUUCUAAAACAUGCCAAAUGACUUAUUUAUGUCACAAGAAAGAGGGUCUAAUAUACUGUAGACACUGGAGUUAGGACUGCAGUGGAAGAGCAGAGAAAGAGUCUUGAGAGGACACCGUAAGGAACCAGUUACUACCCUAGACAUCCCAGGAGUGUUUUUUCUGAACUGGUCCCUUUAACUACAAGGUGGUGGGAAGGAGGCAGCAGCUUAGCAGGUAAGCCAUGCCUCUUUGCCAUCCCUGUCAACCCCUGGCUAGCUCUUUCAAGUGGCCCAAAGUCUCUGCCCUGGAGGCUGGCUGCAGGGCCGGCAUUCCAGCUUCCCAGCUGCUUUGGGAAGGCAGUUCUGCUCUCAGGUCUUUUAUUCUGACUCAUACAUUGCUGUCGGCCUGGAAGAAAAUGCUCCCUGGAAAGGAAAACCUUCCAGAUUGUUUGUAGAAGAGAGAAAUGUAAAAUAAUGCAAUCCCUGUAGCUCACUGUAUAUACCCAUGUCAAUUGGAGACAUCGGAUUUUAUGCUUGUUAAAGUAACAAAGCACUGGAAAACCUAGGGAAGGGAAAGCUUGCUUCCAGGAAUGGGCGAUAAAAGAACGGUUCCUGUUCUUAACAGUGUCACUCACUUGCCUCCUACAGCCUCAUGUAAGCCAACAGGCUAUCAAAACUAUUCUCCUCUAUGUGGAUGGCUUUCAUUUUGGAAUCUGACUUUAAUAAAGCAAUUAGGUUGCUCAGUUUGAAAUAACCAUUGUUUCUAGUGAACCUUGAUUAUAUUCUGAAUAAACAAUUUUACUCAAAAGACCUAAGCCAA